AUGUCGGGCUCCUAUGAGCGCACCUCGCGCAGAACCCAGACCUCCUCAUCCUCGCGACGCGGCACCUACUCAUACUGGAUCCCGCUGGCGCUCACAGUAACAGUUGCAACGGUUGGAAUUGCAGCCUGGAUAUGGAGUGAACGGAGCGACGACGACGAGGAAGAUGGCGAUUUCCCACCUGGGCCCAAUCCCUACGAUCGCCCUGAUUAUGGCAGGAAUCUCGACGGUAGCGUGCGUACUGGACCUCCCUCAUAUGCGGAUGUGCGACCCGGAGAAGUUGCGUAUGGGACCGUAGGCCAGCCGCGACCUGAAGAGACCCAGAGUUAUGUAGCGCGCAUGUCAGGUGCGCUGCGGAGGACGCCUAGCCCACAGCAGGUGUUCGACAAUGUGAGUAGGAGUGUUGUUGGAGGUGUUGCGGCUGCCGGGGCUGUGGUUGGAAGUGCGCUUUCUUCCAUUCGGGAAGAGGAUAGGAAUGCAUAUAAGGAUCAUAGGACUUGGUCAGAAGAAGUAGAAUCUCGGGAUCCUGGUGCUGGGCCUAGUGCUGUUGAUACCCGAUCUACGAUUAUGCCUGGAGAUGCGCCUUCAGCACGAGCCAGUGGAAAGAGGAAGACGGUGGCUAUCGUUGUGUCUGCAGAUACCACUCUGGAUGACAUGGAUGACGAGGAUGCCUUCCAUGAACACGCAUCAAUCCUCUCCUACCUCCCCCAGAACACCGACUUCUCAAAUACUCGCCUCUUCGUCCUAAUUUACGCCCCAGAUUUGAAAGAACACCCUCUUGAUGCGGCAACCCCUCGUGCCCCAGCCUCUCUCAGCUCUUCGUUCUCGAACAUUGGACACGAACAAGCACAAUCACCGCCUGCAGAUUAUGAGAAAACAAUAUCAACCUCUUCCGGCUCACCAGCAUUCAACGCAGUUUACUCCCAAGCCCUCUCCCUCGUCGAAAAGGAAACCAUGGUCCUACCAUUCACAACCCCCACAGGACACGUGCACAUUCUACGGCACCUAGCCCCCGAAACUGUAUACUUGCAAUCAUCGCUCGCUGGUCCUGACGGCGAGAUCAUCACCCAUCUGCAAUCAUGGCUUCGCCAAGAUGUGGUGUUGGUCGUAGGUGCAGAGGGUGGACAUGGUGGUGGGUUAGCGGACAGCGAGAGUGAAGCGGAGCCGGAGAAGAAAGUUCAAAAGUGGUGGGAGAAGGAGGAGCGGGUUGGCAGGGGAAGGGGUGUAGUUGUUGUGGAGGGACUGAGGGUGGGUGAUGAUUGGGUGCGGAGGGUGGAGGGGAAGGAUUAA